AGAGCGAAACUGUCACAGAGAGACUCAGCAGUGCCUUUCAGAUCUGGGCAUGGCAUCAGACGGACCGGGACUUUACUCAGAUCCAGUAGUGGACCAGAAGGACAUUGGUGGGACUCUCCCCACACCCACCAUCUUGACAGACUCACUGGGACCACAAGCAGGGGUCCCUUCUGAAAGUAACAUUGGUGACGUCACCCUGACAGCCACAGGAGAGUCGGCUGGAUUGAAUGAGGAUGAGCUAAAAGUGUGCCAUUUUUUCCUGAUGGGAAAGUGUCAUUUUGGCAACAGAUGUCGUUUAUCACACAGCGAGCCACCUCUGGAUGAUUCAAACGCCGUAUUUCCAGACACAGACGACAAACUGGAUGAAGGAAAGAUGGAAAAGCACAAAAAGAAAAAAGGCAACGAGACCAAAGUCGCAAGGCCAAAACACAACAAGGAAAGAGCAGAGGUGAACAAAAAACCCCGUAUGCGCACGGCUGAUGAGGUUAUUUCUCGCAUCCUGUGGGACUCAUCAGUGGACGCAUCGGAGUUUGUGGUGGGCUACGUGGACCGCUUCCUGGGUGUGCUGGAGCGCCCUUUCUGUGACUUCAACUGGGACACGAACCCCUGCGAUUGUGACUACACGACUGAGCUGGCCCUGCCCCGACACAGGAUCCAGUACUUCACCUACAAAGGGCACCGUGUGUGGGACCGCCACACCAGAACUGACAGGGUUUUUGGCUCCACCGGUCAAUCUCUGGCUCCCCCAUUUGGAAAGGAGGAGGAAGUAAAGGAGGAACAGAACACAGAAAACCAUGAGGCUGAAGCAACAGAUGAGCAAGAAAUUUCUGUCGGCGAGCAGGACGAGAGUGAAGCCCAAACUGAAAACAGACAUGUGGAGAAAGACGAGCUGAAUGAGAUGAUUCACACCUUUAACUCAACACAUUGUGGAGAAAACAUUUCACAGGAACAGCAGCGUGGAUCAUGUGUUGCAGAGGAGGCUGCAAAUAGGUUUCAGCCUUCUACAAAGCAAACAUUCCCAGAAGAAUCAUGUGCGACAGAAGACGGUGAGGAGGAGUCUUUUGCAGAGUGGGAAGAAAGCUGGGAAGGCGGUGAUGAGCCUCAGAACCCUUCAGCCCCUCUGAAGCAGACAGAAGAGAAGCGUGGUGAACAUCGUCCUAAAAAACAACCCACACACUUCAUCUCCUUCCGGGCCAACACUCCUGCCAUCCUCUCCUGUUUCCAGCAGCUGCAGGAGGAGCUCACCUCCCUGCUGCCCUCCUCUGCUCCUCACUGGCAGACCGCCUCCAAGCUCCACGUCACCCUGUGCCUCCUGGUGUUGCGCGGCCCUGCCGAGGUGGCGGCUGCCGCCGAGAUCCUCCGCAAGUUCGCUCAUUUGGAUCGCAACCCGCCUGUGGGGGUGAGCUUCCCCGUGAAGCUGAAGCAUUUUAACGGGAAGGUGUUGUACCUGAGCCCCCAGCCUCAGCUCCACCUCCACCAGCUGAACUGUGGCCUGCAGGAGGCCUACAGGAAGGAGGGCUGGCUCCACAGGAGCUCCUACAACCCACGCUACCACCUCACCCUGGCUAAGGUAGAAGACAAGGACGGGGAGAGGAUUUUUGAGGGGGUGGGGGAUCUGAAAGUUGGAAAGGGUUUGAACUUUGGCCGCCUACCCGUUAACACCUUACACCUUUGUACAGUCGGUGGGUCCGGAGUGAAUGACUUUUAUCCGGCUGUUUGCUCCGUAACUCUGCGAUGAAGAAAAAGUUUGUCACGUCUAGGCCUGUCGCGAUAAACAAUAAAUCAGUUAAUCGCACGAUAAAUGACAAUUAUCGACCUCAUUUUCAUUUAACGGCUUUAUCGUUUCUUCGUGUCUCAGUCAUUCUACUGCGAAUCUCAAACCACACGAACAUCUGCCAUUUUGAGACCCGAAGAGAGACAGCCCAUGACACG